AUGAUACGAAACGACUUGGUGGGAUUCCACAUCGAAGACUACUGUCGGAAUUUCCUGGAUUGCUGCCAGCGGCGGUUGGGCUGCCGGGUGGACCGAGUCCACAACCUGGUGGACGUGGCAGGGAGGACGGUGAAGGUCCGGGCUCUGCCGAUCGGGAUCCCGUACAAGCGGUUCGAGGAGAUGGCCAAUGCAGCGCCCAGAGCACUGCAAUCCUCCCAGCAGAUCGUCCUUGGGGUCGACAGACUCGACUAUACCAAGGGACUCGUCAAUAGAAUUCGAUCCUUUGAGAAAUUGCUGGAGAAGCAUCCUGAGCACCUGGGAGAGGUGACACUGCUUCAGGUGGCUGUCCCUUCCCGGACAGACGUGAAGGAGUACCAACAGCUGAAGGAGCAGAUAGACCUGGAGAUUGGACGCAUCAAUGGGCGCUUCUCCACACUGAAUUGGUCCCCUAUUCGAUAUAUCUAUGGCUGCAUUUCACAGCAUGAACUCGCUGCCUAUUACAGGGACUCAUCUGUGGCACUUGUGACCCCUCUUCGAGAUGGAAUGAACCUGGUGGCCAAGGAAUACGUAGCCUGUCAGGUGGACAAGCCUGGAGUGCUGAUCCUGUCUCCUUUUGCUGGGGCUGGGGAAACAAUGCACGAGGCCCUGCUCGUUAAUCCCUACGAAUUGGAUGAUGUGGCUGAUACCCUCCAUCGAGCUCUCACCAUGCCCAUUGAUGAGCAGGAGAUGCGUAUGUAUCACCUGAAGAAGAGAGAGCAGUUCAUGAAUGUGGAUUUCUGGCUCACUUCCUUCCUCAAGGCAAUGGGGGAGCUAGACUUUGGUGAGGAGCAAAUUGAACCAUUGGCACCCAAGACCCUGGGUCCCAUGACAAUGGAUGACUUUGAUGAAGUCCUCAACAUACGGAAGACAGUUGGGAUCAACAGCAUCACCUAUGCUGGGAGUGAUGGCCUGGAGAUCUUCCAUCCUGAUGGGAGCAAAUUUGUCCAACCAAUCCCUGAAGAAUACCUUGAGAAGAUGACAAGAAUGUGUCGGCAGCUGCAGGAUGAGUGCUGUAAAGAGGGUGCCUGGGUUGAGAACAAGGGUUCCAUCUUGACCUAUCACUUUCGGACUGUCCCAAUCCAAUUUAGAAGUGCAUUCAAGCGUAGCGCAGCCGCAAUCAUCUCCAAGAACGGCUUCAAAGUCUAUCAGGCCAAUUGUGCCAUUGAAGCCAGGCCACCUGUCCAGUGGGACAAGGGUCGAGCAUCCAUCUAUAUCCUUCGAACCAUGUUCGGAGUGGACUGGCUAGAGCGGAUCCGUGUCAUCUACGUUGGGGAUGAUGUCACAGAUGAGGAUGCAAUGCGUACCCUCAAG